UGACGAUGGCCCUGAGCUUUGCAAGGAUUUGGAAUUUCCAGUGUACCGACAUUGUAGAGGACCUCUUUGCCCGGUCCAGAGAUGCGGAACUCCACCGACACGAAGAGUACGCAGCAGCUGUGGCGGUUCAGAAGGUGUGGAGGGGAUAUGUCGUUCGUCGACGCAUGCAGAAGCUAAACACAAAUGCAACGACAAUUCAACGCUAUUGGCGCGGACAUCUCGGUCGCAAUUUCCUCGAACGUCUCGUCAUUGAACGAAAUAGGAAAAAGCGGAUGAUGCAUUACUACGCUAUGGCCGUGCGAAUACAGAAAACAUGGCGAGGGUACUACAGCCGUAAAUACAAAUUUCAUUAUUACCAGCGAAAGGCUUACAUUGAAAAUGUGAAAGAAAAGAUAAACACCAUACGAGAGCAACUAGCGGCCCACUGUAUCGCCCAACGCCAGGCCGACUGGGAGCACAGGCAAGCAACAGCUGCAGCCAUUCUCGAUCGAUUGGCUGGCAACAGACAUCAUUUAGUGGGCACCCAGCACGUUCCCGGCGUAUACGCAGAUGACGGUGGGAAGAAAGCACGGCUUAGCAUGACAGCAGUGGGCCACGCAACGCAGGAGGACGUUGAAGGUGGAAAACCAGCAGACUUGGAGGAAUAUAAUAUGGAAGAUCAAGUACAAGAGCCAGAGGAGGAAAAUAGAAGUUCGAAGUGCCACCAACGGCAAUCAUCUACUUUUCGCUCCUCGCAGGCACGCCGUCAUCAGCUGCUUCCACCGCUUUAUAUUCCUGAAGAAAACCUCAAGGACAAUGAUGCGCUGAGAAAAUGGUUAAGAGAACAUGUGGGCCUACAGAGACUCAAGGGAAAGCCAAUGAGGAGACCAGUAGAAGAAGAACAGGCGGAGUCCCAGUCCAAGCAACCGCAAGGACCGUUCCUGCCCCGGCAAAAACUGGAGAGAAUCCUGCGAAAGCCAUUACGGCCAUCCUUGCGUGUGGAAACAGACUUUUACGAUACCUCUAAUGCUCAGAAGCAGGAGCGAAGACGACGAGAAGGUCUGAAAGUUUCUGACAAAGUAUUCACUGUCGUCCAACGGGUCGAGCAUCCACAUCCGGAUUAUUUUCAUGACGGCGAUCCUUAUUCGAUGGUAUCGUACGGCGGCAAAAAAGGCUUUCGGGGACAUGCGGACAAAACACAUCAUGGGAGGGAGUUCCGCAACAUUGUGCGGCCUGUUGCGUUAUUUGAUGAGCUGGCCAACGAUCUAUGAGUGUACAGAUGUAACAAUAAUUUCAUCCAAUAUCUUACAUUUCCAC